AUGUCGUUCUGGAAGGAAGCCUGUGUCAACCUCCGUCGCGCCGUGCCCCGGUCCGCCGAGAGCCUCUGUCGCGCUCCCUCCAAGCUCACCGCCAAUGCCACAGGGAACAUCUUGAGCCCGCGCCCGUGGAAGGCCCCCGAGGCGGCGGGUCGCCGCAGCUUCUCCGUCACGGCGGGAGUGCAGCACGGCCAUAUCACCCCUCCGAAGCCCGGCGAGGAGAUCAACAUCACCUUCAUCGAUAAGGACGGCAUCCGGGUCGACCUCCAGGUUGCCGAGGGCGACAACCUGCUGGAUAUCGCGCAAGCCCACGACCUGGAAAUGGAAGGUGCCUGUGGCGGCUCGUGCGCCUGCUCUACGUGCCAUGUGAUCGUCGAGGAUGCGGACCUGUUCGACAAGAUGGAGGAGCCGUCGGACGAUGAGAACGACAUGCUGGACCUGGCCUUCGGGCUGACGGAGACCUCCCGCCUGGGCUGCCAGGUCAUAAUGACCAAGGACCUCGAGGGCCUCGUGGUCCGGCUGCCGUCGAUGACGCGGAACCUGCAGGCCAGCGACUUCGAGCAGAAGAACUGA